GGAGAGUAUGAGCUGACAUAACUAGAGCUAUUGUUGAAGCCUGCUCCCUCCUCUGUGGCAAGAUGCACCUUUAGAAGGGAAUAGAGAGGAAGCUGAAUCAGAAUUUUUCUAAUCUACAACGUGAAGUAUAAAAUACUACACACCAAGUUCAUGUUUCUCACAGUAGCUACAUGUCUGAGUGAGUUAUGGCAAAGCAUGAAGAAGGAAGAGCAGAAGUUGGGAUUUCUGAGAAGAAACCAACAGAUGUGAGCAGUGUGGAUAGGCACAGCAUAAGCAAAACCACUUGAAGGUUGUAUUAAUGACAGAGGAGGAGCAGUUAAUCCCCACAAGGCUGUAGGUUGUGGAUGUGUACUGGAAAACCAGAGGGUGGUAAGGAAGAUAAACAUGGUACCUGCGUGACUUUAUUUUUUGGUAAUGGAAUAUGAAUACUAAAAGUUUGUAGCAUCCUUGGGGGAAGUAGGCAGCAUUUGUAACGUGGGCUUUUAUUUAAAAAUAUUGCUAGAUGUUUUACUGUUAAGUACAUUCUUAAUAAAGUGGUCUUUUGUCAGAUUAUUUUUUCCAAGGGCCAACUGCUGGUGAGGCCGAAUUGAAUGCAAGAAAUCAUAUUUCUUUCUAGUCAUAUUUCUAUCUAGUUGAUAAUAUACCUAGAAAACACAGACACAUUUUUGGGCAAGUUGGCUUCUUUGGAUCUUCUUUUGGACCUGAAAUAGAACAGUAAUUUUCAAGCAGACAUAAUCACUGAGUUUGAACUUCAUUGUGGUUUAGCAGUAGGAAUGAGCAAUAGGUGAAAACUGCCAAUUGCUUUGUGGUGUGUAGUUUUGCUUAAUAUUGAAUAGGAGGUGAAUUGAAAACCUGUGGUGAAUUGCAGUUUCACUGAAAUUACUGACAUCUUGGGAGCUAAGUUUUCAUUCCUGCUCCCUGAUGUUUCAGUGCUUCUGUUGACACUGCUUUAUGGUUAGCUAUACUUAUGUUUUUCUCCCAAAUUCUUUUCAUUUUAAACUGUGUUUAAAAUGUUGUCCCUGUUAUUUCUAGAGUAACAAUUUCAAGAUGUCAGGUGGUGCAAAAAUCCCGUUCAACAUAAUUGAUACUGCUCUUUCUUCGUUGAAGAACUCCCAGUCCUUCAUCAACUCUGGAAUGGAUAUUGCUACUAAGACUGCCUUAGACCUUGUGGAAAGUUUCAAUGAUGAAGAGGAUGUUAACAGUAUGGAAAAAGUCAUGUUAGAAUUUGCUGCAAUGGACAGAUCUCUUAAUAAUUAUAUAAGAGCAUUUGAGGAAACAGUAAAUCAGGUAAAACGAGAAAAACCAGAAAUUAUACCAGAUUUAGAAAACUUGGUGCAAGAAAAAUUAACUACAAUUGAGAAUAAGAACAGUGAUUCAGAUUUGAAAAGCAAUGAAAAAUACAUGUAUUUUAUGGAUCAGCUUAAAGAAAUGAAAAAACAAUGUAAGUCUGAUUUAAAAAAAAAAAAGAUUCUUUGAGUACUAACUAGUAAGAUGUGACUA